UUAAAAUCAUAUUUUAAUAGAGUUGAUCCAGACUCUCAUCAGCGCCAUCAUAGAUUAGAUGCGACUCAUAUAUUCUUUCAGCUUCCUGAAGUGUGCCUUGUAAACGAUCGACUAAGUUGGUUAGAGGAUGAUUCUUGAUAUUGCGAUCUUCUUGUGAAAGUCCCGCCAUUUUGACAGUAUAAAAGACUGUUGAGUUGGUGUGAGGUUAAUCAGGAGUUGUAAGGGAAGAAAAGUUCAGUUUGAUAUGCUAAUUGUAUGUGAUGAAUGGGAAGCAAACACAGGAAUGAAAAUGCAGAAUUGUUAGGAAGUUAUGAUGUAUGAUAUUUUGAUGCAGUGCGUGGACGGAUAUAGAAGGGUACAUUGCACAUGAAGAAUUCAAUCGCGACGGAGCGGACCCAUACGUGUCGCCCAGCUGAAACGGCUAUUCCCAUUUAGGAUUAAAUAUAGGCAAUAAGAGGCUAGCAGGGUUUCCUAAUUCGGCAGGUGAUUUUCGUUUAUGAUUCCCAGAAAGUUAUUUACAUCCAACGGAUGAGGUCGGGCAGGUUUUGUAUAAUGGAGCGCGAAAAGAAGACGCAUCCUGUUUGUUUUGUCCUUCUGCAUGGUCUUCAAGAAGUCAGAUAAAGGAGAGCUGACCGAUGAAACGGCUGAGGAACCUCCUGACAUCUAGGGUUUAGAAUGCCUUGCAAUCUUUAUAAGCACUAGCAGUUAGUUUGAAUUAGCAUCAACUUGCUCAAAGAUGUCUGUUGUCCGGGCCAUCCCUUCUAACAAAAGUACAUUGAGGCCAUGAUCUAGGAAGAAUUGAAGGGACAAUCAGAAGCAGGACAGUACCCACCACAUGAAAAUUCACUCUUGUAUCUGGGCAGGCCGUGGCGGGCGUUGAUAUGACGAUGAACUUAAAACAGUGUUUAACAAGGAGGUACUGCUCUUAUCAGUCCGAGUUAUUGAACAUUGCCAAUUUCAUAUCCGGCGCCUAAAGAUGCGGAAAGGAGCUCUGCUGCCAUGCAGAAAUCCGAAGUCCUGUCACCCAGAAGAGUACCGAGCGUCCCUUUGCUGGGUUAUGGAUGGAGAUCUCGAUGUCCCUACAGUCAUCUGCUCCGUGAAAAAGUUCCAAUGUCCUGCUAAAUCCGUGUUCAUCCAAGUUGCUAGAACAGGCUUACCGUAGAUCUUGAUCACUUAACGUCACCUGAAAUGUAAUUGUUAGAGAACCUUCCAGAUGCUUCUGUGUGUGAGGCAUAAGUAUACUACUGCAGCUGACGAGACAUUAUUUUAGAGCAAUGUGAUAGACUUCAUGGAGUACGAUUUUAGAAACUGUAGAUGUUCUUUUUAAGGGUCAAGCCUAGUCAAGUUGAUCUAUCCGUUAGAACAUCAUUAUGGUCAAAACAGGGAAUAGAAACUCAGGAUUGGCCAUAUGUGGCUGUAGUUAAAGCCAAUCUUUGUCCAAAGCGAAAUCACUGCCAAGAUUUGGUUGCUCCUCUCAAUGUUGUCUUUCCUUUCCACCUGGGUUUCCGCGUAGUCAGGCCGCAUCAGUUAGAAAAGUAAAUAUAUUCUUCAAUGAGAAUCAUGCCACUUGUCUGGCUAAGAAUGAGCACAAUUUGUGAGAUCAUUGGUCAUAUCGAGAUCACAUGGCAUAUUUUAUUGCCGGCUCGGCUCACCGCCUUGAAUUCGCGGGGCUGAGAGUUGUGAUUGACAAUCUUCAAUACUCAGAUCGGUUCUAUAUUUUGGGGGACAGAAGACAUAUUUAUAAUAUUAUUCGCUGAAAAUGGCUCAAACAGACCACCUUAAGAAAAAACGACCUUCCGAGUCCGCGAAAAAAGAACUGGAAUUAGUGGCGGAAUGGAUAGGCGGAAAUGAUAUUCGAUGGGAACACCUAGGAGGAGCGUUAUACGAGUGUAUCGAUGCGAUGUUGGAUGACAAACUGAGUCGAUAUGUUGAAAAAUUGGAAGAACCCGAAACUCGGCAGCGUGUUUUUCGAGUACCUGGAUCCAAAUAUGCCCGUAUACUCGCGUCUGGCGGAGUGGCUCAUAUACACCCUAUCCGUGUACAUGGGGAAGCUGCAACAGUUGACUCAAUCCCCGUUCAAGUCGGAGAGUAUAUCACAAUAAGAAAGGAAGUACGUGUUGAACUUGCGACGGAUUUCUUGGUUAUAUCAAAGGGCAAGCCAAAGCAGGAAAGUGGCCACGAUUCCGGGGAUCAGGAAUAGCCUGUUAUCUCUGGGAAAGAUAUUCCGGCAAAUUUUGCCCAUCAACAUCAAAGGGCGGCAGCACCCAUUCAUCACUAUCAACAUCAAACGGCGGCAGCACCCAUUCAUCACUAUCAACAUCAUAAUAGGUUGGCAGCGGAUCCCCAUUAUUGAUAUCUAAGGACGGCAGUGAAUGUGUAUCAUCGACGUCCGCCGCUGGAAGGGCUUCAAUUUGUGGUAGGCACUGGUCCACCCCAUCUGGCUGGAAAGUCUCUGUUCCAUUCAUUUCUUGUCUGGCUGUAACUAGAGUCAAAUUAGUCAACAAUCUUAACACUUAUUUAUCAUCCGUACCUUUGUUUUGUUCAAUUUCCCCAAAACUUGUUACACUAGACAGCAGGCUAAAAUCGAGUUGUGACGUCCUUACCUCCUCGAUGUUGAACGGUAGUGGAUAUGAAAUAUCGCCGUCAGCGCGAUUCUGCGCAAUAUCUUGGUGGCCAUCAGCCACUACGUUGGAACCUAUCAAUCCAAUUAGCCGCGAGCAAAUGGUGGAGACAGACACGUGCAAGCCUCAAUGUCGAAGCAAUGAUUGCAGCGUACCAUUAUGUGCGUUUUCAGCUGCGAUCGGUAAAGCCUCUGUGAUAGUUCUCGAAUCCGCCAUACGAUUGGGUGAUGGAACAGGCGAGGACGUAAAGCCAGCACCAGCAGGAGGUGGAGGAGGGGAUCGGUGCAUUGUAUCAAUAUUCUGUUGUUUUGCGCUGUCGUGAGUCGAAGCUACCGAAGUUGCUGCUGCCACAAGAACUUGCAUUGACAUGUGGUACACGAAGGCAUCAGCUCGAGAACUCCCAUCACUGGGUACAUUUUGGCACUCAUUAGUCGCGUGGGAUUGAUGUUCCUUGGAAAUCUUUGCUUGCAAGCCGGGGCAUGGCCGUUUUGCACUGGAUGUGCGAUCGAGACGGCGUCGUUUUAGUCCACUCAUUUCAUCAUCUCGUAAAACAAUCUUUCCUGCCGUAAGGUCUUCUUUGUUCAAGUAGCGAAACAACGCGCUCAUGAGUCUUCCCCGGCCCCGCGAAAGCUCCUCAUAGGACCAUCCAAUUUUCAGAAGGCCGUCGAUUAUAAGUUUCGCGCCUUCAAGGUCACGGUUUUGGAAGCUCCUCUUCAGAAAGGGAAACAUUUUAUCUCGAAAAUCAACUAUGCAUUUAGGGUCGCCCGCUUUCAGAGAUCUCUCCCACCUACCUAACUAAUUAGCG